CUUAUUUUCCUUCAGCAUCCUGCCGUGAAACCUGUCAUGGAUGGUUCGUACAAGCACUCCAAUCCUCCGGAGAUCAAGGGCACGGGUUACGUGGUGAAAACACUGGAGGCAGCGCUCUGGGCUUUCUACCAUACGGACGACUUUGAGUCGGGAUGUUUGAAGGUUGUUAACCUUGGCGAUGACGCAGACACCACAGCUGCUGUGUAUGGUCAGCUUGCCGGAGCAUUCUACGGAGUGGAAGGGAUACCGAAGAAGUGGCUGGAUAAGUGUGCCCUUUCUCCACUGAUCGAGCUAAUGGCGGAUGAGAUAGUGAGCAUGGCGGAUCACUAUUCAAGUGUCAAACCAGCUGCCCCGCUGGACACCGCAGAGUUUGUCAGCACAUCUGCAGCAUGUUCAGAUGAACCUGUUGCACCUGCAGAUGAGACACAGGCCAGUGCUAGCUCAGAAACAAGUGCCAGUGGGAAGUUCAAAGCAAGUGAACAUUAUCGGCAGAAGAAGCGUGGCUAUGACCUGCUUGAGGCGGAGGUUCGGACACACAGGAGCUCAAGGGCUGUACGUGAGGAGAUCCGCGGAUCACGGAGUGCGUAUGACAUCAUCCUUGAGAAGUAUCGCAAGCUGCCACCAGAUUCUCAGGAUGAAUGCCUGCUGACCAGCACCAUGAACCAGCUCUACAGGGCAUGAUGGUUAAGUAGGACAGCUGCCGUGGAUGCAGCAGCAGCAGCAGUAGCAGUAGCAGCAGCAGUGGCAGUAGCAGUAGCAGUAGCAGCAGCAGUAGCAGUAGCAGCAGUGGCAGCAGUGACAGCAGCAGCAGCACUGAGCACAGGACAUCAACAAUACUUCAAGUAACCUUUCAGAGCAUGCACCCUGGCCCAGCAGGCUGCUACUGACAUCGUACUAGAGAUCCCCUAGCUGCCAGACCACCCACACACUACCCCAGCUGAAAGCUGCCCCCUCUCUCCGACCACCCUGCACUCCUCCCCGCUAAUAACCUCGUACAGGAGAUCCCCUGCCAGACCACCCCAGCUGGAAGCUGCCCCCUCUCUCCGAGCACCCUGCACUCUUCCAGACCCUGGGCCCAGCAGACUAGUCCCCUAAACUGUCCUGGACCAGCAGCCCCCCCCCCCCCCCAGGCUAGCUUCCUGCCCCUGGACUGGCCCAGCAGCCCCCCCCCCCCAUCCCCAGGCUAGCUUCCUGCCCCCUGGACACCCCCCCCCCUCCCUCCCCAGGCUAGCUUACUGUCCCCUGGACUGUCCUGCAGCCUUUGCUGCUCGCCCAGUAUAGUAUUCCACUCUAACCCUUCCAGACAGCCAGGAACCCCUUUUCCCGCCAUUACCACAUUAUAUAUUUUGAACAUGAUUUUAGAUCGAAGUAGUGGUUGCGACUUCGGCGAUGAUUUGUAAGAAAGGUUUGCUCGCCACACCGGA